CCAAACUUCACGCUACCCGGCUGGGCCACGUGACCUUGCAACCUGCAAGGUGUCCGGAAUUCGGGACAGUUGCUCUCUCACUAGGUAACUUUUUGCCGGCCGAGCUACCUAACUACCGUAUCGCUCUAGUUAGCUCCAGGAACCCACCUACCUCACACCUCACACCUCACUCGCACUUGCACCCACGAUCCCACGAUUCAACGAGCACGAGCACAAUGUCAUCACGCUACGGCCCCACCCUCCACGCGCGCGAGCGCGACCCCUACGACCGGCAGCGCUCGGAGCUCCUGGGGCAGCAGCCGGCGGCGCAGCAGCAGGCGUACGGGCGGUACUCGCCCGCCAUCGGCGGGGGCGUGGGCGGAGGAGGCGGGUACGGCUACGCGAGCACCAGCGACCGUGUUCCCAGCCCAGCGUACCGCGCGGCGACGCCGAACCGUAAGGGCCAGUACUCGGCCUCGGUCAUGGAGGAGCUCGAGGCGCAGAAUGAUGAUGCCGUCGAGGGCCUCAGCAAGAAGGUGCGCAUGCUGAAGGAUAUUACGGUGGCGAUUGGCGAGGAGGUGCGUAGCUCGACUACGCUUAUGGAGGCGAUGAAUGAGAGCUUCGAGGGCACGCGUGAGAAGCUGCAGGGGACCAUGAAGAAUAUGCUGCGCAUGGCGCGGAGGACCGGAGUGGGCUGGAAGGCGUGGAUCGCUUUCUUUGCGGCUCUGGUGGUGCUGUUCUGGUGGGUGUGGAUCUGACGAGUUGAUCCAGGACGGUUGACUGCAGUGCCAUAUUGUAGGUGGACGGGUGGGUGUGGGUGUAAUAUAUGUUGGUGGAAUUGGUGACUUAGUCUUUUUAUUGGUUUCUCAUCACUUGGGUUUUAUGGUUGGAUUUUGUUGCGGCUUUUUAGUUUAACUGCUUUCUUUUUGAGUGCCGAUUGUAACGAUACGAAUGAUUUAAUGGUACAUCGCAUUGCAAUACAUGAUUAGGAGG